UCUUUUUCAGGCUAUUCCUUUAUCUAGGUGUAGGUAUCACACAUAUACAAUAUAGGUACAUGUAGAUUAUACACACAUGUAUGUACAUUGUACACAUAUACAUGCAAAUUCUAAAUUUUCGGUCUAUGGAACCACGUGCCAAGAAUGCCACGAAAUGCAACAUAAUCCUCCCUUUUGCUUUUAGACACCUCAUGAAGCCUCGACCUAGACAUUACACUCAAACAUUCUCAUCGACAAAUCGGGGCUAUCUUCUCCUACCUGGGGGGCGGUCAUGAUGAGAAUGGCACAGCUGUCGGAGGCGCGACGGCCGUCUACACCCGGAGGCUGGUAUCUGGGACUCAGUGGGUCGUCCUUCGGUGGGCCUCGCAGCAACGCUGCGCGACUGACGAUCAGAAACACAGGAGAAUACCUACCUCAUCAGUUCGCCAAGAUGCUGUACCAACUGCUGGCUGUCACGCUGUGCGCCUGCCUGGCCUCGGCUGGCUGUCCGACCAACGUCGAGUGGCAGGAGUUCGACGGCUUCUGCUACUGGCGCUCCACCUACGCCACCUCGUGGCAGCAGGCCGUCAUCGCCUGUCCCACGGUCGGAGCUGGUUCCCAGCUCGCCUCGAUUCAUUCGUUAAUCGAGAACGCCUUUGUCAUGCAGACCUACAACUUUGGCGACACGUGGAUUGGGCUGAACGAUAUCGAAACGGAGGGCUCGUUCCAGUGGAGAGACGGCUCCAAGGUGGACUUCACCAACUGGGCUCCGGAGCAGCCCGAUGAUAUCCAUGGCCAGGACUGCGUUCACCUGCCGUAUUACAACAACCCGAACGGGGCCGAGUGGGAUGAUCAAGAUUGCGAAAACGAGCUCCAUUUCCUCUGCAAGCUGCCCGCCACUGCCUGAAGAAAUUACUGCCGACAUUUCCCGGAUCUGUAAUGCAUGCGCAUUUAUGUUGAUCACAACCUAGCUGAUGAAGGUUGCUGGCGGCGAAAUGCUUUGUAGUUGUGAUACCAAAUAAAAUACAAAUGUCGA